AUGCUCCUCGCACCGAGGGAAAAGGCCCAGCUCCAAUCUAGACGUGAGGCCCUGCGCCGGCUCGAGGAGGACUUCUUCGGCGGCAAGACGACGCGGCAGGUCCAACAGACGUGGCGGGUCUCUUCCCAAAAUUACCGGGCACCUAAACAGGAUUCUUUCGAGGCGGCCGCUCGGCGCGCCAAGGCCCUCGCGAGGUUAGGCAUAGCGGACGCAGACUGCGAGAAGCGCGAGACGCGCCUGACGCUCUGGCCGGCGUACAAAGAUUUGUCAGAUGGCGACGUCCUCUGUACCAUACAACAGCCCUCGAAUGGCACGUGGCGGUCGGUCGCGCAAGCGGAACACCUCAGGAGGCGCCUCCUGCUGCGUGUUAAAGCAUUAGCGGUGUGCGGCCUCGAGUUGCAUUCCGUCAGGGUGCAGCUCGUCGAGCCGCCGUCACCAGCACGGACGGCCUCGGUGGAGCUAGACGACGGUACAAUACAUACGACAAAACCGACGCAAGCGGAAACCAUCGACCGCCCCGUCGCUGUGCAAGUAUGUGGGGUCUUCGGCGGCCACUUGUAUGUGGAUCGCCUCGACGGCGCGCGCGUCGGCGACAGUUUAUGCGGCUGGCUCGCGGCGCGCGGCGCGCCCCUCGCGUCGAUAGACGAGGAGGCAUUGCUGGAGGUGGAGAAGGAGGCCGAUUCAAUAACGCGGCGGAGCGACGCGCGGAAGUGCCUGAAAGCGGUGCGCGCGCUCUGCGGCCACCGGAGCGAGAUGCGCUUCGACGAGCUGCGCGAGGCGUUUUUGUACGCGCCGACGGACGUGCUGGACCCCUUCAAGGCGGGGCCCUGGGAGGACGUUUUCGGCGGCGGCGCCGUUAUAUCCCUCGCGCAACUGAAGCGCGGCCUGCACCGGCUUCUGAAGUGCCGCCGGCGAGGCGUCGGGCUGGAGGCGCCUCCCCUCUCGGUGGUCGGGCCGCCGAUCUUCGGCGGGCCGCCGCCAGCGCCGCCGCCCGCGGACGACGCCGCCGACGACGGUGGGGGCGUCGACGACGCCGAAGUCGAGGCGCACGCCGACGAGUAUGCCGACGACGCCUUCGACGAGGACCCCUCGGAGAAGCCUGGGAGCUAUGCGGAUGAUUUUUUCGAGGUCGAGGCGCCCGCGGGCUAA